AUGUCGUGGCCAGAUAAUACUAACGCCUUAGACAGGCAACUAGCUGAUUUACAAUUAAGUAAAGAUAUCAACUCUCAUGGAAAAGUAAAAAAGAUACCACCAGCUGUACCGCCAAAAAAGAAAGCGCAACCGCAAGUUCCACACAGCGCUAUGGUCAACAAACUUCGAGAGCCAUCUUACUCUACAAAAAUCUCACCAGCAAUAAGUAAUAACCUUCCUCCAAGCAAUAUUUUAUAUACUAAUGUAAGACCAAUACACAAGGAAUACAUAAAUGUAAAUCGUCAUUCUACUUCUCAACAGCCUCUCAACUCUACAUCACAAGUAAAAGCUGAAAAUGCAAUAUAUAGUAAUGUAAUGGGAUAUCAAAAUAACCCAAAUAAUUCAUUACCCCCUCCACCACCACCACUCCCUCCCCUCCACAUGACAGAUCCAAUUUUGUAUACUACACCCUCCUUUGAAAAUAAUACUGAAGAAUAUUUGCCUCCCCCAUCACCAGUUAGUUCCAACUACAGUGAAUUAGUGAGAGCUACUGCUAACCUUAAUUUUCACCAAGAGAAGCCGACAUAUCCUCCAAUAUAUCAAAAUGAAUAUCCUGAGUAUGGUGUUUCACAAGCAUCUACAUAUGAAUCACUUUAUGAACAAAUAAAUGUAAAUACACAAGAGAGUGUGCAAGGUAAAAAUAACAACUUGUCACAUACUAAAUCUAAGUCACCGUUGCCAAAAGAGGAAGAAGUUGAUGCACUUACCAAUCUUCUUGUUCAAUCCAUUUCUGAUAGUCAGGAUUUAGACAUUUUUGGUAUGUGCAUAAAAUGUAAUGAGAAAGUGGUUGGUGAAAGCUCUGGAUGUACUGCAAUGGGCAACAUGUACCAUGUCAAAUGUUUUUGUUGCUACCAGUGCAAUACAAAUUUACAAGGUAAGCCAUUUUAUGCUGUAGAAGGACAACCCUAUUGUGAAGUAGAUUAUUAUGAGACUCUGGAGAAAUGUUCAGUUUGCAAUAAGCCAAUUCUCGAUAGGAUUCUCAGAGCUACUGGAAAACCAUAUCAUCCAACAUGUUUCACCUGUGUUGUAUGUGGAAAGAGCCUUGACGGCAUACCAUUUACCGUUGAUGCAACAAAUCAGAUUCAUUGUAUUGAAGAUUUUCAACUUAAGUUUGCUCCGCGUUGCUGUGUUUGUGAAUUGCCAAUAAUGCCAGAGGAAGGUGAAGAAGAAACAGUACGUGUUGUUGCAUUAGAUCGGAGUUUCCAUGUCCGUUGUUACCGUUGUGAAGAUUGUGGUCUCAUGUUGUCUUCUGAAGCUAAAGGACAUGGAUGUUACCCUCUUGAUGGUCACAUUCUAUGCAAAACCUGUAAUGCACACCGCAUUCGUCAUCUUACUAAAGUUAUGACAACAGACCUCUAA